AUGUGUCUUUCAAGUCUUAGACUGAAUGGAGGAAUGAGCCUACUUCGAACUACUCCUUCAACUCAUAGUUCUGUUUCAUCCCAACUGUUGAGGCUUAGCGUCUUUCUACUACUUAGCCUUCCUGCCUCUAAAGGAAAAGCCAUUUGGACAGCCCACCUGAAUAUAACCUUUCAGGUGGGAAAUCGGAUUAUAUCAGAAUUAGGAGAGAGUGGCGUUUUCGGAAAUCAUUCUCCUUUGGAAAGGGUGUCUGGUGCGGUGGUACUUCCUGAAGGAUGGAAUCAGAAUGCUUGUAAUCCUAUGACCAACUUCAGCAGGCCUGAACAGGCAGACUCUUGGUUGGCCCUCAUCGAACGGGGAGGCUGUACUUUUACACAUAAGAUCAAUGUGGCAGCAGAGAAGGGAGCAAAUGGGGUGAUCAUCUAUAACUAUCCAGGUACCGGCAACAAAGUGUUUCCCAUGUCUCACCAGGGAACAGAAAACAUAGUUGCCGUGAUGAUAGGCAACUUGAAAGGCAUGGAACUUUUGCACUUGAUUCAGAAGGGAGUCUAUGUGACAAUCAUCAUCGAAGUGGGGAGAAUGCAUCUGCCAUGGCUGAGCCAUUAUAUCAUGUCUCUGUUCACCUUCCUGGCUGCCACAGUUGCCUACCUUUUCUUGUACUGUGCAUGGAGACCUAGGGUGCCCAAUUCUUCCACCAGGAGGCGAAGACAGAUAAAAGCAGAUGUGAAGAAAGCUAUUGGUCAGCUUCAACUGCGCGUGCUCAAGGAAGGGGAUAAGGAACUAGAUCCAGAUGAAGACAGUUGUGUUGUUUGCUUUGACAUUUACAAACCCCAAGAUGUAGUACGUAUUUUAACUUGCAAACAUUUUUUCCAUAAGGCAUGCAUUGACCCCUGGCUUUUAGCCCAUAGGACAUGCCCCAUGUGCAAGUGUGAUAUUCUGAAAACUUAA